AUGGUCGCCUGGCUUAAAAGCCGGGCAGAAGCCCGCGAAAAGGAACGACGGGCCCUGGUGGCCCAGGUCGCCGAACUGGAUAAAAAUAUCCAGAAGGACAUUGACGAUGCUGCCGUAAGUGUUUAUCCUAUUGAGAAGAGAUGUGGCUGUCAGAGCUGGCAGCUCAAGGCCGACAAACUUGCGGCCAAGGAGGCCGAGUCCACCAUUGGCGAUGCGUUCGAACAAGAUGGCCUUUGCGCAGCUGCCCUCGUACGUAGUUUCCUUUACAGCACCCAAAAGAAAAUCGAGCUGACAGACUUGAAGCACAAGGAGACGGCCGAGGAAGAAAGACGGCAAUGCGGCGAAAGGCGAAAGGCCUCAGAUGCGUGCUCGCAGGUCUGCAACGCUAUACGAUCAAGAGUACACAGCAAUGACGCAUGGGGAGAGGGUUCACAAGGUCGAGGAGGGGUGCCAAGACCAUCCCCGUACGUUUCCGAUAUCCCCGCCGUUUUUCGUCUUGUCGCUAACACGCAGUUCGCACAGCGCGUUCAAAGCCCACCGUUUCCCCUAAAACCUUUUUCAAACAAACCAAUCAACACACUGUGCACAGGAUCGCUGAUAGUCCUUCCAGAUGGCUCCCAAGAAACCGAAUCCGCAGUUCAGCAGCGUGCCUCUGGCACAGAGGAUCACCUCGGGGUCCUCGGGCACCAGAUCUCGAAACGCUGUACGUACCGCACCACUCCUUCAUCUACCGAACACAUCAAGAUCUUGGAGGGCACGAGUUUCUGA